AUGACAUCUCCGUCGAAGAGCAAACAGCCUCUCGUCGAGCGCUCCUCGAAUCUACCUUCUCCAACCAAAUCACCGUCUAAGAUACCACUGCCACCAUCUCCAGUAGCCAAGCAGAACAAUAGCAGGCAUCAGAUACUCCAACAGAACACGCUUGGUCCGCCGCUCAACCAGCAAGACGAUAAAGACAGCAGCUUGACUGCUGUCCCAGCCCCAACCCUGGACCUUGUUCAGAAACCAGAACUCGCCCGCAAAAUACCAGAAGCACAUGCUUCGGGUUACCUAUAUGUUUCGCCUAGCGACAACAUAUUGAGUCCUACCACGAAGAAAUUAAGUGAUGUGAAGGGCAGGCGGAUAGGAAACCUGCACAAGACUUCUCUAUACAAAGCGCAAAGCUUGUUCGGACGACCGAAGGGUACGGAUACGAACGUUGCUGGCGAUAAGGAUAAAUCGUGA